UAAGUCAGGACAUCGCGACAUAUCGUCAUUCGCCAGUUAAACAUGUUGAAGUUAACAGUUCUUUGUGUUUGUGUUGCAACAAUUUAUGGAUAUCCUAGCUUCCUAUCCUAUAUUCCAAAUGGGCACAUGGUACCAAACCCUUGUCCGGGCUAUGAAGGCACGUAUUGGACUCUAGUGGGACACCGAUUCCCAGUUCGUAGGCAAUUCUUUCAAGAACAAUCAGACAUAAGAAAGAAACUUGUUGCCCAGGGAUUGAACGCUAUGGACAUGAGUGUUUCGCUUCUGAACCUCUUCGGAGAGGCUUUUAAGAACGCCACUUUUAGCUGGCUUAAGAUAUGCCAGGAAGACUCUGAUGGCGACGGUCUGACAAACGGACAAGAACUGGGCGACCCAAAUUGUGAGUUCCCAGCACCAACAGCAAGGCUAGUCAACCCAAUGGGACACCCAGGAAUAUGUGACAAUACUCAAGCUGAUAUGCCAAAUUGCUUAGCUCCAAAAGCUGACAUUUGCCCCAAGGCACCAGUUCGAAAUUCUUUACCAGUCGUGUGAAGUUGAUCACACAUAGAGGGGGAAUGAGGCGAAUGGAAAAGCAGUGUUUUAUAUGUAUAAAGACUCUUUGAAUUCUUGUCAAUGUUGGGUAAUUGAGUUCAAUGAAUAUUCUGGAUUAUACAGAAUUGAUAAUACAUACAUUUUUUAUUAAUAAGAAUACAUAUUGAAACAUUAUUUUAACGUUGAAGUUUACAGUUAAAGGUUAAUUGUAAUAGAAGUUGUGUUUGUGAAUAAAUGCCAUUAUAAAAACGUA